AGAGAGUGUGUGUGAGAGAGAGACAGAGAGAGUGAGAGAGAUACAGAGAGAGAGUGUGUGUGAGAGAGAUAAGAGGAGGAGGAAGGGUCAGUAAGGGUUUUCCAGUAAAUAAUACCUUCACGUUCAACGGUCACUGGAGAAGAAACAGCGUAUGCCGCUCGCAUACCAGAAUACAGUGUCCUUCACUGAGGGACGCUCCAUGAUUAUUACGGGGGAUGGAGAUUGUAAUACUUGUUUCAUUAUUGUCUCUGUAUUGUGAUUUCACCGAUGCUGAGUGCCUGGUGGUCAGUCCUGCCAGACUGGUGGUGAAGCAUGGAGACCCAGCCUCCUCUAACUGCAGCUCAGAUACCCCUGUAGAGAUGGGCUGGGAAGCCCUCCAGGGAGGGACGGGUCUAACAGACAACAAGGUGAAGAUCCUACGCUGGAAGGUGGACAGUGUGACUGACUGGGAUAACAACCCUACGUGCUACACAGAAGGAGGCCAGUGUCAGAAACAGCUGGACAUCACAGUUUAUAAGCUUCCAGACCGUGUCUCCAUCAGCUACAGGAAGUACCCUGAUCCAAUGGUUGAGGGGCAUCGGUACCUGCUGCAGUGUCUUGUCCAGAACAUCGCUCCUAUUGGGAGACUCAGGGUGACCUUCGUCAAAGUCUCUACCACUGUUGAACAGACAGAAUUAGACACACCACAGAAAUCCAAGGACAACAUCAAGACACCAGAGAAUGGGACCUACACUCUGGACUUCACCCCUGGUAGAGAUGAUGGGGCCCAGUUGUUGUGUUCAGCCAUGUUGGAUCUGGGACCAGAGGGACCCCAACCUCCUCCUGUUAUGAACUCAAACCGCCUCAACAUCAACGUGCACUACAAGCCUCAGAUCACUAUGAGUUCUGGAUGUUUCUCCAUGAGCAUCACGGGGUGCGACACCCUAUCACUGGGCUGUAGUGCAAAUGGUAACCCUGCCCCCUCGUACGAUUGGACGAUUGUGGACAACCUGCCCUUCAUUGCAGGGCUGGCUUCGGUGGUGAUCCUCUUGGCGAUCUCUUGUUUCAUCUACUCUUCUUACAAUAAACACACGCGCAUGAGCCAUUAACAGCUGGAAAAACAUGUUGCCACGACGACACAAGAACAAUAAAAUACUACACUUCUCAAUUGCAGAUCAUGUUAAUUUCCGUAUUAAAUAAAAUACUACACUUCUCAAUUGCAGAUCAUGUUAUUUUCGGUAUUAAAUAAAAUACUACACUUCUCAAUUGCAGAUCAUUUUAAUUUCAGUAUUUAUUAACUCGCAUUGUCUAAUUCACUCAGUCAUCAUAAAGUACCAAAUAACAGGAUAUGUGUGCAAAGAAAGCACUAUUAUAUAUGUAUGCACAUGUGUGUGUGUAGAUUAAUGCAUUUAUUUUGUAUAUAUUUUCCAAUAAAGAACCAUUUGGAAGUA